AUGUAUUGUCAUUGUCAUGGAUGUCAAAUAUUACAAGGUGCACCAUAUCAAUGGACAUGUAUAUUUCCACAAACAUUUAAAGAAUUUUGUGCAUCAGAAACUGCUCGAGAGAAAUUAAAACCUUCAUGUCAUAUAUUUUAUAUUCAAAGAACAAUUUUAGGCAAUUUCUUAAAAGAUGAUGGUUUACCUAAAUAUGAAGGACAUAAAAAUAAAUCACCUAUAGAAUCAUAUGUAAUCUUUAAAUAUGUAGUUUUUGUUUGA